UGAUACCGGAUCACCAGAAUCACUGUCCACAGAAAAGCAGGUUUAGCAACAAGAUGGGCUGAGAAUCUGCUGAAUUAAAACUGCUUUAUAUCAAUGAGCAUAUGCUUCCAAUUCUUAUUUUUAAGAAUCACUUUUUUACUCUUACAUACUUUUAUUUAUAAAAACAGCCAAAAGUGGACAUGAAUUUUAAUUUCUACAGUAAGCGAGGUGGGUUUUUUCUCUCUUAGAAAUCAAAUGGAUGUAAAUGGUUGACUGUUUUCUAGGCUUCUGCAACUUUUCAGUCUCUUUUGUGGGCAUCUUUAAGUAAGGGAGUGUCUCCAUCUGCUGGUGAAAGACAGGAAAUGCGGAGACGUGCAGGUGCGUCAAAUCAAUGAAAGAGAACCAAGUUGUAAAGCGCACAGUCCAGUCCGUCCAUAACAUCCGCACAAAAGCUGCAAAGAGCGUAAACAGAAGCAGCGAUUUUAAUCACUUUAAUCUAGAAAGACAGAUAUAACAUCUAUCAUUUUUUGUUGGUUGAAAAGCUUCAGGCUAAUACAGAGACUUUUUAAACUAUUGCACAAUACAUCAUCCAACGCUAAAUGACAACCUGAACCAGAGGAUUAUUAAUAAACAGCUUAAAGUGGAGGAUGCCAGACGUGUAACCAAAAAUACGAGUCCUGUUGUUUGACCAACAGCUCUGGCAUAAACACAGAGGUGGAAGUGGCCCUUCCGUUGCAGCAGCCCGCACAUCUUUGGGGGCGACAGUUUUUUUUUUUUUUUUUUCGAGCAAAGGAUGUGAGCAGGAGUGGCGCUCGGAGGGGUUUAAAAAGGUACUGUCACCAAACUUUGGCGCAACAGAACCUCUGAGAAGUUCCAGCAGCUCCCAGUGAAAAAACACCAGGAUGGACCUCAGCAAGCGACCUGGAAUGAGGGACACCCUACUGGCGCUCUUCCUCGCCGUCUUGCAGGGUCUUCCCAUCGGAGAAGCAGUCCCGAACCCGUCUCCGCUGGUUGGAUCCAACUGGGGGAACCCGAGAAGAUACAUUCACCUUCAGACCUCCACGGAGUUCAACACCUUCUACCUGGAGAUCAGGCUAGACGGAACCGUGUGCAGAGCCACGGCCAGAACAUCAUACAGUGUGAUUCUACUGAAAGCCGAGACGCGGGAGCGAAUGGCCAUCUUCGGCGUCAAAAGCAACCGCUUCUUGUGCAUGGAUUUGGAGGGCAACACCUUCACUUCGCCGGUUUGUCUCAGGGAGGAAUGUUUGUUCAACCACAAGCUUCUGGAGAACAACCGGGACGUGUACUACUCCACCCGCACCGGCAUCCUCCUCAACCUGGAGGGCUCCCGGCAGGUGUACUCUCCGGGCCAGAAUGUGCCGCAGACCGCCCUCUUCCUGCCAAAGAAGAACACGGUGCCGCUGGAGCGCCUCCUGCUGCACAGGGAGAAGAGGAACCGAGUGGUGGACCCCUCCGACCCACACAACGCCCUCCUCUGGCAGGCCGAGGACGGCUCAGACUCCAGGGCCGUGCGAGAGGACGACGGCGACCUGGACGUGGAGGUGGAGACCGAGGUUGGGGACGACGGGCUCAACGUGUCCAGGGAGACGCCGCCGCAGCCUCCCUCCAACCACGACCCCUGGAACGUGCAGUCGUCCAGACAGGCUAGCCCCUGGAGCACCGGCACCGUGGGCUGAGCUUAGAGGGACAAACUGCUCGUAAAAUCCUCAGAUUAGGCCAUACUGCUGGUGAAAAUCAGUGUUUAUACACUGAAGAUGCAGCAUUUCACUUGAGUUGCAAUAAGUUUUGCACAGUUUCUGUUGUAUUGUAAAUAAUCUGUAACAUUUGCGAAGAUCAGACCUUGAGGAGAUUUAGUCAUUUUUCUUUAUUUCAGUGUGAUUACUUUAAAAAAAAAAAAAGGUAAAUUCAACAUGUUACAAACCCCAAAGGCAAAUUAUACUUCACAUAUUUACUUGGUAUCGUUUCCAAAAAUAACCAAGUGCAGCAGAAAGAAUAUUUUCAAAUGCGCAUGUGUACUUUUUGGGUUUCUUCCCAGACUAACAAACCCACAAAGAUGUUUUCCCAAGACAGAAGCCCAAUUUAUCCUACCUCUGGUGGACCAACGGGCUUGUCUACUGGUCUGAAACCAGGCAGGCAUUACUUAAAUCAGCAAAACGUACAUAUAAAUAUGUGUAGGAGUAGCUACUAGUACAGUUAGGGUUUUACUUUAUUGCUUUUACGUGGAUUCUUAGUUACAUUUCACUGCAGAAUAUGACUUUGUGUAUCAAUUUGAACAGUAUUUGUCCACCAUCUAAUGUCUGACUCUAAAAGAAAGCGACUACAGGGUUUACAAAGCUGUAAUUGUGAGUUCAAAUUUGACUUUUUGUUACGUGACAAUCAGGUGCUGGACACCACCAGCAAAACAUGCAGAACAUAAACAAAACGGUCCCAAAGACUAUUUAUUUAUUUAAAUCCAUUCCUUUAUUGUUAUUUAUGGUAUUUAUAAGGAUGCUUUUACAGUUAUAGUGUACAUACGAAACAAACAAAAAAAUAAAAGGUUCACUUUGAA